AGUAGGCGAAGGUACGAGUUGUCGUGUACCCGAUUUUAUUUUUUGAACGUUGUGAUAUGUUGUUGUUUUAAUAAAAACAAAAAAGAGGUAUUAAGUUAUAUUAUCGAAGAUUCCAAAGGGAAAUUUUCUUACGAUACUUGUGCGUUGCCACUGCCAGGACCAGGACCAAUAACUCUAUUCUGGCAAAACCAGUUGGAGAAUGUCCCACUUGAAAGAAGACAUUUUAUCAGAAUUUAAGUCAAAGAUAAAUGAAGCAAUAUCUCUUGUGUCCAAAAUUCCAGUGGAACAAAAAGCAGAAGUGUGGAAUUUCUGGGAGCUAAUUACAAUAACAGUUAAGUUAUUUACCCAAGUUUAUGUAGAAGAUCAUGUUAAUAUAGACACAAGAAGAAACCAUGAAGUUCGUAUUGAAAAAUCUGACCAUAUUGAGGAUACUUCAGAAAGUAAAUCAAAGACUUUUCAGAAGAAUAGAGGAAGAUUAAAGAAACAAUCCAAUGAAAGUAACAUUGAAAAUAUUAGAAUUGAUAACAAAUAUGAAAGUGAUGAGAAAAACAGAAUAGAUAAAUAUGAAGCUCAUAGUGAUUCUGACAAUGACUCAGUCAGGCAUGAUGUAAAGACAAUAGAUUUCACUGACCUCAUUUCUUAUCCCAGUAGUGUUGAUACUGUAGUACAACACGAUGAGACAACCUCAAUGAUGGGAAUGCAAUCAUGUAGUACACCCUCCACAACCAUAGUACCUCACACUGAUGAUACAUUACUUACAGAAAUCAACACUUCAUCAGGGACAGUUAUUCUUAAAGUACCUCAGCCUGAUAAUACUUCAGCCUCAGUGGAUAUAGAAGGUAAAGAUGAUUCUUCUGGUUCAUUAGUAUCUCAGGUCAACAAGACGCUUGAUUCUUCUGUGACAAUGCAUCUGAAAACUUUAGAAAAGACCACAGAAUUAUCAGAGACAGAAACUAUAACUUCAGUCAAUGAUGUGAAUUCAUCAACCUUAAAUAGAGAAACAAGAGAGAACAGUUUAGAUUCAUCAACAACAGAAAACUCAGCUGAUAGAAUUGAUUCAUUUGUUUUAGAAACUGAAAGUUCUAGUAGUGAAGGAGAUUUGUCAGUGUCAGGGAGUGAUUCUUUGGAUACAAUUAAAAAAGUUGAUCCUGGAGUAAAUAUUAUUCAUGCAGAAAUAAUUAAGACAAAUGAAGUUAAAACAAGAAAUAAAGAAAAUAAAGUCCCACCAUUGACAUUACGGAAGGCCAGGAAAAUUAGUAAAAAUGAAGAUGUAUAUAUUACAUGUGAUGAUGUUGACUCAGACCAAGCUGUUAGAUACAUUAAUAAGAAAACAGAGCAACCAAUUACAUAUCUUGAUAGGAGGAGCUGUCGACAGAAGCGUAAGGUUCAACACGAAGAGUAUGUUUAUGAAGUGGCUGCAGAAAGAAAGAAAAAAAGAGAGAUACAGAAAAAAGAAGACCCAUUCAGAUGUGAUGUUUGUGGUAGAAAGUUGUCCAAUCUUACCGCAUUAAAAGCUCAUUCCAGGCACCAUUCUGGUCAGCGACCAUAUGCUUGCACUAUUUGUGGUAGGACAUUUUCUACUAAUGGUAACCGUAUCAGACAUGAGAAGUCUCAUGCUGGUGAUAAAGAAUUUCAGUGUAUUGAAUGUAACAAAUGGUUCACAUCUGCUACAAACUUAGAGGUCCACAGAAGGGUUCAUACUGGGGAAAAACCUUUUAUGUGUGAACUUUGUGACAAAAGAUUUACACAACAGGGAUCAUUGAAAGCUCACUUAGAUCUACAUAAAGGAGAGAAGAAUUAUCUCUGCACUGUUUGUGGUCGAGCUUUCACACAGAAAACAAACCUAGAAUCUCAUCUUCUCAGACACAAUAAAAGCAACAGAAGUUACAAAUGUCCAAAUUGUAGCUAUUCUUUUUUUACAAAAGGUGAAUUGGAGAGACAUUCUUUCAAGCAUACAAAAGAAAAGCCUUAUUUAUGUGAUUAUUGUCCAAAAUCUUUUACAAGGUCACAGUACCUGAAUGAUCACAAAAUUUUACAUGUUAACCCAAAACCUUAUUCAUGUAAUAAAUGUGAAGAGACGUUUGCUGAUUUAUCAUCAUUGAGAAAACACAAACAAUGGCAUCGAGUUAUGGAAUCACAAGAACAAGAAGGGGAAGUAACUGAUGAACAAGGGGAGAUAACUGAUGACCAAGAAGAAAUACAGGAAAGUAUUCAGCAAACUUGUAUUGUGACUAGAGAUAUAUCAGGAAGAAAGCAGAUUAUAAUGUCAACUGAUACAGAUCUGCCAGCUGAUGUCCUCCAGCAGUUUGUUGAUGGUGGACAUCUUGAAUCUGAGGUUACACAUAUUGUACCUGUUAUAGAUAAAGAUGGCAGUAUUACACAUGUGGAUUCUUUAGAUGAAGGAUCUCAAGAUAUUUAUCAGAUAACAUUCCUAGAUGCCAAUUCAGACUCUGAACAUUCUAAUAUAAUAGCUGCUGUUGAUUUUUCAGCAAUGAAUUUGUUAGCUAAUGCAACUGCAAAUCAGUUUAGUUAAUAAUACUUUAUUUACUUGAGAACUAACUGUAAUCCAUUUUGUGUAUUGAUUGUGAAAGAAGAUUUAAAUGAAAAAUUUGUAAGGGUUCCACGGAACCAAGUGUCUCGCCUACUUUUGCUGCUAGUCACAGGCUCAACAAAAAUGGGGAAAAAAUUAUUAAAAAUUUUUCUAUA